AUGGUUGGUUUAGUGUACGUCACCGCCCGCACCCACGUUGGAGUUUCUCCGCCCUCCCGCCCCUUGACCGCCCGUACCUCCGGCUCGCCACCCGUAGCACCGCCCACCCGCCACGUAGCCUCGGGCAACAACACGGGCGUGUGGGCGUGGCUGGGGCGGUGGGCGGACGGCGGCUGCCCCAUCACGCACUUCACGCUGGAGCUCCGCCGCCCCCGAGACCCCUCCUGGACCACGCUGGCAAGCAGUCUGGCGCCUCAGGACGUGUACGAAGUGGGCGGCCUGCAGGCGGGCGCGAUCUACGGGCUGAGGCUGACCGCCCACAACGCCGCGGGCGCCACGACCAGCACCGUAGACAUCAGCACAGGCCCAGGGGGCGGCCUGGGGGCGCAGCCGGCGGGGGAGCUGGAGCUGGCGCCCCCCAACCCCAUACACACAGACCCGCGCCUCAUGGCCUCCGCCGCCGCCUCCGCCCUGGCCUUGGCGCUCACCGUCGCCGCCGCCGUCCUCUGCUUCAGGAGGCGAGUGGCCGCUGGCAGGAGCGGGCGCGGGGCCCCCGAAGACCAGGAGGCAGAGCAAAACAAGACGAACCUUCUGCAGCAGCGAGACACUUACUACGCCACCGUCAGGAAGCCACAGCCAGUACCUGCUACUCUUGAGAGAAUACCAGAAUACUCGGAGGACAUCUACCCGUACGCGACCUUCCAGCUGGGCGAAGGGCGCGGCGGAGGGCAGGACGAGACGGUCACCAACAAGUUCCAGACUUUCGUUUUCCAAGACUCGCGAUACGGGGUCACUGAAGGUCAUCCUCCCACUUCGCCCAGUCGACCCACGCCCAAAAAGAGCCACGGGCGUAGCGGCAGUCGCGGGCGCGGUGCGGGCGGUCCCCGGAGUGAAAGUGAAGAGUAUGACUCCCUGCAGUCAGAUACGGACACCGAGCACGCCACGUCCUCGCGCACGGAGUCCUCCAUCCACCUCGACUCCGCCACCCUCGAGAGCCACCACACGGCGCUCCACCUGCCCCUCGACCCCCACCUGGCCACGCUCGAGCCGCGCCCAGACGCCCAGGCCGCCCACGCCGCACGCAGGCCGGCCGCCAGGACCGUCCACCACAACCUGAUCUACCACGCCCCCGAGUCCAGCACGUCGACGGAGCCCUCGCCCAUCCUGGAGAGGAAGUCCUUCCCCCGCAAGAGCGACGGGAACAAGCUGGGUCGCGGCGGGGCCUUCCAGGGGCGCGGCCUCAGCAAGAUGGUGGCCAGCAUCAGGGGCGGUACCCAGGAGACCUCUCUCUCCUUCCCAAAGGCCGGCCACGCCUCCGACUCCAAGAGCUCGGACGACGGCAAGUAUGGCUUCGCGCGGCAAAUCACUCCGCCCGUGGGAUUCUCCAGCAGCCACAACGAGCUCUCGGAGGCGGAGUGCGACCUGGAGAUGAGGCGGAGGAACAAGGAGGCCGAGGCCGCUGCGUACGUGGGGCACUCCAGGUCGCAGUUCAGGUCUUACGUGUCCGGCAAGGAGAAGGACUACAGCAUCAAGGUGUGAUAGGUUUGGCAAGGACAACAUGCACUUCAUAUAUCUCAUGAAAAUAGUUCUAUGAACAUACGAACUGACCAGAACUACGUGUUUUAGGGUCAACGUUUCCAGUGUGUUUAUCUUAACAUUGUGUAAAUGUGUAAAUCUGUUUAGACAUGAGAUUAAACUCUAUGUUUCUCUGUAAAUGGCUGAAAUGAUUGCUAAAGUCAGUAAGCUGUCUGGUGGAGAUAUCAGAGUGCUACUAGAGAUGAUUUUACAAUAUUAUUUAUUUUCACUGAAUCUACAACGAGAAUAUUGUUUGUUAACUUUCUGAUGGACAAUGAGAAAUUUAUCUAUAUAUUUAACGUUUAUGAAUAAUGUGUAAGUGUCAUUUUUAUGAAGUGAAAAUAUAGUCUUAAAACUUUUUUUUUUAAACAAAUUAGGAGAGAAAUAUAUCUAUAUCGCUAACAAAUAAUUAAAACUGUUCAUACACUAUGGAUACAUCCCAGUUUAUAUUUAUUUUUAUGCCAGUAUUGUAAUACAUGUAAUCAAACAGGAUUCUUGUUUAGAGCAGACUUGUCAUGCAGCGAUUCUCUGGACGAAGUAAUUAACUGGUAGUCCAAUACCUUCUGUGACAGCAUUUCCAUAUUACUGCCAUGGCGUCAUUUCUUGUUUCUUCGUCUAAUCAAAUAAAUCGCCAUCAUUUAUAAGCCAGUAUGUUUGAAUAAAAAAAUCUAGGAUUUUCUCUUUGUAUGAGGGUGAGGCUUGGGCUUCACAAUGGGAGGGAGGAAGCUUCAACAACGUGCUCGAAUAUCUCCGCCAAACUCACCGUCUACCAUUUCUAACAAGAAAGUCGGCUAUAUUUGUACUGGUGUUUGAAUGUGUCCUCUUAGACGUGGUGCCAACACUUAUCAUGAUGUGUCUUUAGAUACGAAAAUCGUUGUUGAAUGGAACCUUUAUAUGACUGUUUUCUCUGUUAUUUGUAAAUGUGAUUGGAAUAGAUGGAGUAUUUCAUUUGAUUUAAAUUAUUCAGAAAGUGUACAUAAUCUUUCCACAUGUUCACUUGCAAUGUAAAUCAACGCUUUAUAAUGCAGGGUUUUUGGGACGAGACCGUUAUGCGCUGCAAUGCUGUUUUCUAGGGACAAAACGCUUACUAAAACCGUUCCCAUAAAUUUGUGAUUAAACUUCGCAGAAAUAUUCGUUGUGUUCCCGAGUACUUCAUCCAACCCUUGCUCGUAAGAGCUCAUGGUCCCGCAGCCAGUUCGAUGUUUCUGUGAUACUGUAUGAUCCCCCCUACACACAAUAUUAUUUACAGUAAACAUACAGAGAGAGCUCCAAAACGUGAUUGUUCAGUGAUAUGAACUAACAGACCCACACACUAUGUAAACACCAUAUUUCUCCAGUUCUUUGAUACAGUUCUCCUUUAUUCCUAAAGUAUACGUUGUCACUACGUUGUCCAGUACACCGACAUUACGAAUACUUCUAACAGCAUGUAAUCUUCAUUUGCUACCCACACGAAGCUUGUGAUCAUGUGCAAAGUUUAUCAGUGUAAAUCAGACAUUUUAUAAUUAAUAAAUAUAAUCAUUCGAUUAAAAGGUAUUUUGCUUUAUUAACCAAAGCUCUAACAGAAAAGUUAUAUGUAAAGAUAUAUUAGCAAACGGUUUAUAAUUGUAAGGUAACACUAUAAAAUAAUUUUUGUCUUAUAUUUUAUUUUUAUAGACAGUAACACUGUGCCAAAUGGGAGCUGCCUUUUACAGCUUCUUUCUUUCUCUACUUCUCAUUCUAUGUAUUCAACUCUUCCUCUUCCCUGUUCGUACAGUAUGCAACUAAGCUCACUAGAGGGGCACUGAGAAAGAAAUAACUGCCAUUCAAAGGAGAGAUCUAGUGCUUCCUAUAUUUUCUGUUCUUCUUGGUUUACUCUUAUUUCAGAUUCAUCCGUUUCUGUUUUCAUCCUCUUUUUGUCGCUUUCUUGUUUUUACCCAUAAUUCCAUAUGCUUAUCUUAUUCCAAUUUCUCUUGCAUUUUCAUUGUGUGAACUUAAUUAUUCCAUUACCUGUCCCUAAAGUAUAAUGAGAUGUAAAUAGUGGAGGUAACAUUGUUCUUAUUAUCAAGGUCAUUUAUGUUACUAUUAUUGGAUUCAGUUACUUGAGUCGCUGCAGUAUCUAUGUCGAAGAGUGGCAUCUUAAUAUUACUUAUUGAAUUAGUUGAGUAUUCAAGUGCUUGGAGUACAGGGAUGUUAGCUGAAAAAAAUAUGAUAAUUAUUAUUAUGACAAAUACGAGGGUUAUAAAAUUCCAUUCUUAAACCUGUAUAUGUAUAUAAUCAUGUAUUACAAAUGCCCAAUACACUGCCGUAAUUUUGUCACGAAAUAUGUAAAGGAUUUGUAAAGAUGAAAACAUAUAACCACUACUGACAAUAGUUUUAAAUCAUAAUGAAAGGAAAUACGACAAAGCAAGGUGAGCACUUCAACGCUUAAUGGUGGAAUAUAGUCCUUCACUGUGAUAUUUUACACAAUCCUGUGUGACAUCAAAUCAUUUUAUCUCCAAAGGAAAGAAUAGAAAAAUAGGUAUUUUGACUUUUUUUGCCAGUACACGAAUAUCAUUAGAGUUAUCGAUAAUAAUGACAAGAUAAGCGCGUACGUGGCAGAGAUUACCAUGUUUCCACAGGCAAUCCCAGUUUCUGUCACAAAACUUUGCAUAAUAUGUUAAUGGAAGUAAUGACUGAUUUUUUUUUUUUUUUUUUUAAAUAGACUAAAUAACUACUUAUGAACAAGGGAACUUAUAUCAUAAUAUUGGACUACUUACAAAAAUAAUAUUAAAAAAUGGAGAUAACAAAAGAACAAAUCCUGGUUUGUGUUUCCGCUGCCUGCGAGAACAGCCUCUUAUGGAAAAAUCAUUAUCACUUCUCGCAUAUUCAUUUUAAAAAUAUUUUUUUUGGCAAUAUUGUAUUAUAUGUUUUUUUCUGCACAAUUACUGUAUUUUUU